AUGUCAAUUGUUCCCUAUCAGUCUCGCGGUCGCGAGAUCGUCUUGCGCCACCACAAUGCCGUCGUCGUUCGCGACCCCUCCUCGCGCCGCCUUGAGCUCGACCGCGCCCUGGUAGAGUGCCCGACAUGCCAUCACCCGUUGCGAUCGUCCUCUCCCGAUCGAGGCUACGACGCCUCAUCCGACAGCGACUCGUAUGUCAGCCCAGACUACUUUCGCAUGCUCCGAGACCGCCACGACCUAUUUCAGCCCGAGCAACCCCCGUCGAGUCCUAUACGUAGGCUGGUGCACUCCUUUGAUGACGCCGACCGGAGCCUCCCGGAAUAUGCUCAAGAUGCCGAGUUUGUGUCGAGCGCUCCCGUCCCGCAAGAAGGGAGUCGCAUCAAGAAGGAGGCUUUCCAGCCCAAUUACUUCAAAUCGUUCUUUGUCGAGGAAAGAGAACUCGGCAGGGGCGGGAAAGGUGUGGUGCUGCUUGUGAGGCAUGAGAUCGAUGGCUGCCAAUUGGGGUACUUCGCAUGCAAGCGUGUACCUGUUGGUGAUGACCAUGGCUGGCUUGAGAAGGUCCUCAUCGAGGUUGAGCUCCUUGCCAAGCUGUCGCAUCCAAAUCUGGUUUCGUACCGACACGUCUGGCUGGAAGACGUCAAACUGAACCGGUUCGGACCCAGCGUCGCAUGCGCCUUCAUUCUUCAGCAGUACUGUAACGGAGGUGACUUGCUUCAUAAGGUCGUUGGCAAGUUCCCGGAGGAGACAACCAAGGAACAGCUCAAGGCUCAGAUGCGACGUCGAUCCAAGGGUCAUACAGAUAGGCCGACGGACUUGUGGGCCGCACGCUCCCAACUCCUGCCUGAAGAAAUCUACUCGUUCUUCAGAGACAUCACUGCCGGUCUUGCGUACCUGCACGCCGCCAGUUUCAUCCAUCGUGACCUUAAGCCCAGCAACUGCCUACUGCAUGACGAGCGAGGGAGGAUCACAUGUCUGAUCAGCGACUUUGGUGAGGUGCAGCCAGAAAAUGUUGUUCGUAAGUCGACGGGGUCGACUGGCACCAUCUCCUAUUGCGCACCUGAGGUGUUGAAAAAGGACGGGACAGGUAGGUACGGGAACUUCACCACGAAGUCAGACAUCUUCUCUUUGGGAAUGAUCCUGUACUUCAUGUGCUUUGGACGACUGCCAUACCAAGCAGCCAACACAAUCCAUGAGGAGCUAGAAGAUGUCGAUAUGUUGCGAGCCGAGAUCACCGACUGGAAAGGUUUCGAGGACGAACGAAGAGAGAGGCCGGAGCUGCCUAGCAAGCUCUACACGCUUCUCAAGCAGUUGCUCGCGCUCAACCCGAAUGACCGCCCCAGCGCCAACGAGGUCCUAAACGCGCUGAAGAACGUCACGAUUCUGGAGAGCAUGUUGAGAGGGGCCGGCGCUUCGAUCAAUGUUCCGGGGCGGCGAAUCCAGAAUUUGGAUUCGCCAAUGCCACCGAGCACUCCUGUGCCAGAAACUCUCGAAUCCACCGCAAACAAGACAUCGCGCACCUACGAUGUCACCAUCACACAGCCAGGACAGCCAUCAUCGUCCCCAGUCACCUCGACACAGACACUCCAGUCCAGCACGCGAUCAAGAAGCUAUCACCACUCCUCUACUUAUGCCUCCGCCCACGACUUUUUUGGGGGAGAUCAGGAUGAGAUACGAGGAGCUUACACGCUCAUUAGCUGA